UCUCGGUGCUGUGGAUCAUUAUGCGAGUUCAACAGUUUCUCUCAAGAUCCGUCCUUCUGGCACUUUGCAGCCAACUUGCUCCAGCGGAAGAACUGUCACUGCAGUCAUCUUGGCUUGUCUCAAAUCCACGAAGAGAGAUCAAUCAACCUAUGGGAAUGACUUUUAUGACUUGCACCUGGAUAUCAAGCAGUCAAUCAUUUGCCAACUGCAAGAGUAGCGAUGUGAGCUACGGAGGCGUUACCAACUUCGACGUCGACAACAAAGAGAUAUUCUUCGAUGGCUACUAUAUGGCAAUUCCGUAUAAGACGCCAUUUCCACAACAACCGUACUGUAGAAUAACUCAACACUUUCUUACAGGGACACACGUGUCGAGCGUGGGAGCAUUGACAACUUGGAAUUAUCUGAUGUUAGCACGGACAGGGAGAUCUAUAAAUGCAAUGAUAAGGUGGACUCUCACCGAUAGCGACUUCGAUGUCAGGGUUAGCGUUUAUUGUUUUGCUGCCAUGCCUGCUCACGGAUUUCUAUUGCAAGACAAAUCGACUAAUGUGGGAGUAUCACUGCCAUCUGCUUGGCUCUUCAUAGAUCCAGUUGCGGAUUCUUCUGCGGCUCUGGGUAUCAGUUUCCUACGAUUGGCUAGAUGGGAUAAUAUCGCGGGUACUGUUACAGUUAAUGAUGAGCUACCAAAUACGUAUGGAUCUGUAGCAAAUAUGGAACCAUCUCUUGCUAAGAUAGAGAUCAUAAACGGUCAUGAAAUGCUGUAUAUACCGUUUACGACAACCUACGGGAAAUCGCCUUUAUGCAUGGCUAACUCGUUUGACUUUUCGGUUUCUAUGGCAACUAUGCCAUCUGCAAACGGAGUUUUUCUUACAAGAUACUUGCAAUCGAUCUAUUUUGAUUGGUCCGGAGCCAUCGACAUAAUUACAGUAUUUUGCAUUGGAGCCAUGCAGUACCAAGACUUGAGUGCAAAUUCCAGUCAAUAUUCAAAAACAGCUUCAAUACCAUACGUUGGUCUACCAUCACACUGGACAGUGGUCAACUGGGAUUAUGACGGCAAUCUGCCAAUGGGUGCAUCGCUCUUGGCCUGUACUUGGGGCACGACGAAUAAAAAGUCGAUCGACUGUGACUCGAAGCAAAGCUAUGGAGGAGUGGCCAACAUGGACUUGCAAAAGGCAGAGCUCGAAGAUAGCGGAUAUAUUCUCAAAGUCCCGUUCAUUAAGUCAUACGCAAAAUUGCCUCACUGUUUUAUUGGAGAAAACCAACUGGAAGACCAGUUUGUAUUGCCGCGGUUGAUUGUUUCCGUGACAACCGAUUCGGUUUCAAUCCAUGGUGUUUUGGGAAGAUCUUAUGUUCCAUGGAAUUGGAGCAAUUCCACCAUUGGCUCGAGUUUUACAGUGUUGUGCUUCGGUGUGAUGUCUUGGAACAGCUAAGAGACUCGGUCUCAAGCCUUGAUUGCUAAGAAGAAAGAAGAGAGGACUUUGCGAAAGGAACAGACAGACAGACAGACAGACAGACAAACAGAGUAAUUUGUGACUUGUAAGGCUGCUGUUGCGUAUAGAGAUGUAUUGUCCUAGGUAAAUUAAUUAAAAUAUAACAACGCUCGCAAGCUAUUAAAAUCCUAUAACUGCGUGUCGUUUACAAUACGCCAAUAUAACAGAUCACAUUUGCUAAUAAAUAUAUGACAUGAAUCCGUGCACUUUUCGGCCAUUCCACUACCCAAUUAUACUAGUGUCAUUGCGUGCGCGUGCAUUACUGCAAUAUUGAACACCGGAUGUUGCACUUAUUCAU